CUCGGACGUCGCAUGCGCAGCGGCGGCGGCGCCAGCGGUUAAACCGCUCGAUACAAAUGGCGGUGCCGUUGCGGCGAAGCCGCUGUAGACGCAGCAUCCUUGGCCGAGCCGUAGUCGCUGCGAUUUUGCUCUCGGAAGCGGUGCAGUGUAUUCAGUUCAAACGUAAGCGCGCGGGCGUGAGCCAUCGUGCGGUGCGGCCAGCGGUGUCGACAGCUACGCCAGCGGCUCCAUCAAAGGCCAAACCGUCGAAUACGGCCGCGGUGACAGGAAAAAAUAACAUCCUACCGCUGUCGGCGCCGCAGAACAAAAUCGACGCGGCCACGCUGACGGCCCUGGUCGCCGCGGACCCCGGAGACGAGCUGGACGAGCCUCUGCGCCUCGUUUCCGGCGCGAUUCCGAAGGACCUGCGCGGCACGCUCUACGUGAACGGCCCGGCGCGGGUCAUCGACGGCCGCGGCCGCGCGGCGCACCCGCUCGACGGCCACGGUUUUGUAAGGGCGUUUUCAUUUGGCGCACGGACGGAUGCGGCGAAGCUCGCGGCCGCCGCCUCCACCAACGCUAAUGACGCGUCGACGUCCAUUGGUGGCAGCACAGUGGCGGCAGACGGUCGCUCGGGCGUGACGGUCCGCGGGCGCUUCGUGCGGACGUGGGCGUACGAGAUCGAGAACUUCUUCGACCGCAACCUGUUCCGGGGCUUCUUCUCGCUGCCCUUCGCGCCGUCGACGCCGCUGCGCCUCUUCAACGCGCUGUCGCUCUGGCGGAAGAACGUGGCCAACACGGCCGUCGUCGCCUGGGCGGGGCGGCUUCUCUGCCUCUGGGAGCAGGGCCCGCCGCACGCGCUGGAUGUGGAGACGCUCGAGACGGCGGCCGGCUGGGACCACCUUAAUUAUUUAGAGACGCCGGCGUGCGCCGUGUCGCGAUUGCGGCCGCUGCUGGCGCACACCAAGGUCUGGGUCGAGAAUGAUGGAAGGGAGCGCCUCGUCGGCCUGUCGGUCGUGGGCUCACAUUUUACAUUUUACGAGUUCGACGAACGCGGCGAUCGCGUCGCGACCGUCGCCACGGAGCUGCCGUUCGCGAACCCGCUCACCCACGACUUCAGCCUCACGGAGCACUAUUACAUUGUCGCGGAGAACCCGGUGCGGUACGAACCGGACGUCGCCGGGGCGCUGGACGGGUCGCAGCCCGCGCUAGGGCCAUCCUUUGUCGCUUCCGCCGACGACCGGCCUGGCCUGCUCGCGCUCGUGCCCCGCGACGGGUCCGAGCCGAUCGUCCUCGACGCCGGCGACGCGUCGAUCGUCUUCCACUACGCGAACGCGUGGGAGGAAGGAUCGCGUAUCAAAAUCGCGGCGUGCGCGUUCGACCGUUAUGAAUUGGGCGCCGAGUACGGCUUCGACGCGGCGGGCGGCCGUUUCGAUCCGAACUUGCUACUCCGUGACGAUCUGUGUGGAAAUCAAAAUUUCACGUCGCGUCCUGCUGAAUCGGCGGGUCGACCUCCACGCCAUCGACGCUGCGCCUGCUCGAUGGCGUGGCGAUGCCGGUUCCUCACCACUCGACAGAGCCAGCACGGCAACCCGACACACUCUUGGUUUCCACACAGGCCACGACAACGCCUGGGGCCCGUUCCUCCGCGUGUCAACAAUUAAUCUCGCGGCGGCAACGGUGUCGCACACUACGGUGGAACACGUUCAUCGGGACUUUCCCCGAGUCCAUCCGCGAAGGGAGGGCCGGCCGACGAAGUACGCUUAUGUCGCGGCGUCGCCCCAUCUCCAGGAAGGCGAGCCGUUCUUCCCCUUCCAGUGCAUUCAGAAGGUGGCGCUGGACGGCUCCGACGAAGUCAUCACGUGGAGGCCCGCGCGCCCGGGCUGCUUCGUCGGCGAGCCGGUCGUGGCGCCGCGUCCCGGCGAAGUCAACGAGGACCACGCGUGGCUGCUGAUAGUCGUCCACGACGUCCACGCCGCGGCGACGGACCUCGUGGUCCUCGACGCACGGACGCUCGCCGUCGCCGCAGAGCUGCGCGUCGACCGGCUCCUGCCGCUCGGCCUCCACGGCACGUGGGCCUGAUUGUUGUUGAAAACACCCCCCUAUAUGUAUAAAGUCUAACUCACUUAUGCCGUG